AUGGAUGAAGUUAAUGAAUUUAGCAUAGAGGAAGGACUACAUCAAGCUGUUAUUCUCAAAUUUUCUUACGGAAAACCAGAUUUACAUGAAUUGCGCAAGGUUCUUCCAAAGCAUAGGAUUCCAGUAGUCUUUGCGAAAAGACAUUGCAAAAACAUGUUAAACCCCAUGUUUCUUGAUGCUCCCCAUGGAAAAGCAUGGGAGGUUGAAGUGGAAAAGUCUCAAGGCCAAAUUUUGCUAGCCAAAGGAUGGAAUGAUUUCUCUGCCUAUUACUCAAUAAGCGUCAGUAACUUAUUAAUGUUAACAUACAUCCCUCGUUUUCACUUUGAUGUCGCUAUAUAUGAUCAGAGUACAACAAAAAUUGAAUAUCUAAUACAUCAAUAUAUUGAAGCUGAUGAAGAAGAGAAAGUUAUUCCAGUCAUCAAAGAUAAUGCUAAUGUAAUCGAGGAUAUAUUCCUGUUAAGCUUCAAGCUAAUGCUGAUGUAA